AUGGUGGCAACUCAGGAUCCAGUACCAGGGGGAAAAUGGCUAGCCAAGGACAUUGUCUACUUGGCGAUCGUUGGCCCUCUGAUGCUGGCUGCUGCAUUCGAAUGGAUCCUCUGGCUCGCAGCCUUCAUCUAUUGUUUGAUCAAAGUCUACCACAAAGCAGACCACUGGACGAUAAAGGUCCUAGCGGUGGUUAACAUUAUCCUCUUCUCUUUACUGCGCCUGGCAUUUCUCCCUGUCAUGGUGGUGACACUUCCCCUACCACCACAAAUCACCCGGUAUUUCCCUCCACAAAUGACUGUGACAUUCCAGUGGUUUGCAUUCUGGUCCUUUUCGGUUCUCCUCACUGGACCUUGGCUGUUCUGCGUGUAUCGACUAGUCACGAGCUCCCUCGGGAGGACAAAAAAAAUCAAGGAAGUUCUUGAUGACAGGACAGCUCCCAAGACUGUUGUUGUCAUGCCAGUCUACAAAGAGGAUGCUAUGAUCUUGAUCAAGGCCAUUGAUUCGGUGGUGGAUUGUGAUUACCCAGCUUCUUGCAUCCACGUCUUUCUUUCCUGGGACGGCGGCUCCGUGGACGAGCCGUAUCUUCGAGUGAUUCAACACCUUGGGAUUCCAAUAUCUCUCAAGAGUUAUCCUCAAAGUAUCGACACAGUUUACAAGGGUGCGCGGAUCACAGUCUCCCGAUUCAAGCAUGGAGGGAAACGACACUGUCAGAAACAAACCUUUAAACUAAUCGACAGAGUGUAUGCUGAGUAUUUGAAGCGACAUGACGAUCUCUUUGUUUUAUUCAUUGACUCUGACUGCAUUCUUGACCGCUAUUGUUUACAGAAUUUUAUGUACGAUAUGGAACUCAAACCAGGAAGCAAGCACAAUAUGUUGGCCAUGACAGGCAUCAUCACGUCAACAACGGAAAAGAAUAGCCUUCUCACGAUUCUACAGGACAUGGAAUAUAUUCAUGGGCAGCUGUUUGAGCGCUCAGUCGAGUCUGGCUGUGGAGCGGUGACUUGUCUUCCCGGUGCAUUGACGAUCCUGCGAUUUUCUGCCUUUCGAAAAAUGGCCAAAUAUUAUUUCGCAGACAAGGCAGAGCAAUGUGACGAUCUCUUUGAUUUCGGUAAAUGCCACUUGGGUGAAGACCGAUGGCUGACCCAUCUCUUCAUGAUCGGCGCCAAAAAGCCCUAUCAGAUCCAGAUGUGUACAGGUGCUUUCUGCAAAACAGAGGCAGUCCAGACAUUUAGCAGUCUUCUCAAGCAACGGCGUCGUUGGUUUCUAGGAUUCAUCACAAACGAGGUCUGCAUGAUCACUGAUAUCCGCUUGUGGGCUCGAUACCCUCUGCUGUGUUUAGUACGCUUCUUGCAGAAUACGAUUCGGACUACCGCAUUGCUGUUCUUCGUUAUGGCCAUCGCUCUUAUCACAACAUCAAAAAAAGUGGACGAUCUUCCAGUCGGCUUCAUUGGUGUGUCUCUAGGACUCAAUUAUCUGUUGAUGUUUUACUUCGGUCUUCAGCUUAAGCGUUUCAAGGCCUGGCUCUACCCCCUUAUGUUCAUUCUGAACCCGUUUUUCAAUUGGCUAUAUAUGGUCUAUGGGAUAUUCACUGCGGGACAACGUACCUGGGGCGGGCCUCGAGCGGAUGCAGCAGCAGCUGAUGCCACUACGACUCCGGGAGAAGCCGUUGAGUUGGCCAAGGCCAAGGGCGACGAGUUAAAUGUCAACGUGGACACAUUUCGCACCAGUAGUGUUCAUCGACGAUCAGUUCCGAUCCGUCCUUCGGAAAACAUCGAAGGUCGCUUUGCUCCUGCAGAGCAACUUCUCGAUGGAUUCUAUGCCAACGCUAAGGAGGUUGGCCCUAUUCAGGCACAGCUAGAGACUCCCCUCCCAACCGUUCCUCGAUUCCAUAUUCCUGGUCAGUUUCGUGAUUCCUUGGAGUCCUUCAGCGGAUCUUCAGAUACUGGAUCGAACUCUGUUUCGUUGCCACAUUAUGUGGAAAGCUUGAUGAGCGAAGAAGACCAGCGCAAGCUCUAUUAUGCACGUCAAGCUCAAGGAUCAACCGGCAUGCCAAUCACAGAGGAUAAGCCUAAUGGUGCAGAAUAUGAUGAAAUGUGGCCUGUGGCCUAUGAGCCUACCUUUGUUGUUCCGGAAGCCACUGAGCUUCGUCCUGCAUGGAGUCACCGAGCCUCGCGUGAUUAUGUCCCUCAUACGCGUACUUCUAGGCAAAAUACGGAUGCCCCAGAAGUUCCGGGGAGAUUGGUGAUAACACCUUCUCGACAUUCGCGAGAUUUUGACAAUGCCGGUGAGAUAGUGUGA